AUGCGACACGCCCGAAGAAGAUCAUUGCCUAGAUUGCCUAACUCACUGUUAGAUUUGGCAACUCUAUUUGACAAUGGCCAGCUAAAUCGGUUUUCUUGUUGCGACUCUCCUUUUUUUAGAGGAUGUGUUACAGAUGUGGAUGGAAGAAGUAGCAUCAUUUUUGGAUGUAUGAAUUUAAUUGUUAAUGUUCUGCAAAAUGGUGUGACAGAGUUACAUGCGGAUGCCACAUUCAAGGUUGUACCUAGAAACAUGGGAUACCAAUUACUAACCAUACAUUGUAUGAUCGAAAACCAUUCCAUACCUAUUGUCUAUAUUCUUAUGGAAAGUAAGUCGCGGAAUUCAUACAACUGUGUUAUGCGUUUUGUAAAAGAUAAUCUUUUACCAAACUUAACGGUUGAAGUCAUUAUAACUGACUAUGAGGUGGCUCUGAGGGAUGUUUUGAUUUCAUCAUUUCCAGAAGCUCGUUAUGCUGGUUGCUGGUUUCAUCAUAACCAAGCUGUAUGGAGAAAAAUGAACAGUUUAGGAUACUUACAUCAUCUAAAUAGUAACGAUAAUGCCCGUAAGGUAUUGAAACUCCUUAUGUCCCUUCCAUUAUUGCCAGCUAGAGAUAUGGAGAAUGGAUUUUUCUUAAUUAGAGCAUUUGCACGAAAUCAUGAUGUCCACUUGGAGAGAUUACUAAGUUAUUAUGAAAGAUAUUGGUUAAGAAAUAUUGGUCCACAAGUUGUGUCGGUUCAUGGACUGCCUCGUCGGACAAAUAAUAACAUUGAGAGCUUCCAUAACACGUUAAGAUUAAAGUUCUCUGUUGCGCAUCCAAGCUUAUGGGUAUUUCUAGGCACUUUAACUACUUUGAGUACCAGUUACCAUUUGGUUAAUCAACAAAUUUUGAACCACUUGCGUCCCACUAGGCAUGUGAGGACCAAGUUUUUGGCUAACUCUCACAGGAUAAAAUAUGCUACAGAGCAAUACCAAUUAGGACAAAUAUCAAUAUGGCAAUUUCUUCUGCGUUGUUCGUAUACCAGCGCAGCAUAUGAAUUAAGGCUGCGAACCUGGGCUUUGAGAAUGAACGAUGCUGAUGUUGAUGGUGAAUCAGACCACAAUGUUCCAGCAGAUGCAGUUCCAGUACCAAAUCACAUUCCCAAUGUUAUUAAUCCACAGCCAGUUGAAAAUAAUAACUUGCAAUUGGAUCUGAAUCAAACGUUUAAUGAUGCACCAGGUUCACCGCAAACUAUGAACCCUCCAGAUUCGCCAAAUGUACCUCAGCUGCCUGACAACAGAAACUUGUGUAUGACAUGCUUGGUAGUGUCUCUAGCUGAAAGUGAACAGCAAUAUAUAGUAUUACCAUGUGGUCACGCAUGGGUGUGUGAUGUGUGUGUAAGGCAGUUGGAACAACAAAACUCUGUAUGCCCAAUGUGUAGAGCAGAAAAUGUAAUUUUUCAACGGAUUUCCUAA